GACUGCCUGCGCCUGCGCAGCGCCAGUCGCCAUCCAGCGCUCGCGACGCGACAUCGCAGCGCAUUUCAAAUUCAAAACGUUUUUCUCAAUCAUUGUUUUUUUUUUACGUCGCGUUAAGUGUUACGAAACGUUCAUAUUGUGCCUUAGUGUUAAUAAUAACUCGUGCAUGUGAAUAAUUGUGUUUCCUCGUCAACCUGAUUCACACUUUGUGUACGCCCUAUGUGCAUACGCUAAAGUUGCAGAAGAUCAGUCGACAUGAUCCACGUCGAUGAAUCAGAUCCUGUUGGAGAAAUAGAGCCGCCAUUUCCCUGUCGAGAUGUCACGAUCAAAAGGAAUACGGAUGUUAACGACUUCUUCGAUAUGCUAUCGGAGAUCGGCCGGGGCAAAUUUGGCACAGUAUACCUCUGCAGAGAGAAAAGCACCGGCUUAGAACUCGCAGCGAAACUGGUCUCCGUCAAUAGAAGAGAUGAAAGAAGAAAUGUUGAACGAGAGGUUGAUGUGAUGAGACGCCUCCGACAUCCGAGGCUGAUACAGCUGUACGACGCUUAUGACUGGGGGAAGUACAUGUGCGUCGUUUUAGAACUAAUCACGGGAGGAGAAUUAUUCGAGCGCGUGAUCGACGAGGACUUUGUCUUGACGGAGCGAGCGUGCACCGUGUUCAUGCGGCAAAUAUGCGAGGGAAUUGAAUUCGUGCACAGGCAGAAUAUACUGCACCUCGAUAUGAAGCCAGAAAAUAUUCUGUGCCUAACAAAAGCGGGAAAUCGGAUAAAAAUCAUCGAUUUCGGCCUCGCUCGCUUCUACGACCCAGAAAAGAAGUUGCAAGUACUAUUCGGUACUCCCGAGUUCGUUGCGCCCGAAGUAGUUAAUUUCGACCAAAUCGGUUACGGCACAGAUAUGUGGUCUAUUGGAGUUAUCUGUUACGUUCUUUUAUCUGGCUUAUCACCGUUCAUGGGCGAAACGGAUAUAGAAACAAUGGCGAAUGUGACGAUAGCUAAAUAUGAUUUCGACGAUGAAGCAUUCAACGAGAUAUCUGAAGAUGCCAAAGACUUCAUCAGCAAACUACUCGUGAAAGACAAAGAGUCACGUCCCAGUGCUACGGAGUGUUUACGACACCAGUGGCUCAGAAAAAGAACACCAGUGAAGCAAGACAAACCCAGACAACAACCGCAGCUCUCACCCAAACAUGAACUUGAUGUAGCCAAAGACAAUUUAAGACUCUUCGUAGAACGAUGGAGCGAACAUCCCAAUUCCCCAUACGUAUUUGACAUUGAAGCACAGGAGAUCCUUUGUCUUGUAAAUGGAAAUUGCGAGAGGUCGUCCAUUGGUGGCUGUUCUCCAUCUCCGAGAAGUUCUCUUAGUAGUUCCCCAGAUGUCGUUUUCGAUGAAGAUGAUUUAGAACCACCACCUUUGAGAGAUCCGACUCACUCGACUAGAUACAACCCAGUCGAAAGGAGAGCGUCAGACAGCAGUUGUUUUAUGCACAAGAAACAGGACAUUUUUGUAAGAAAAAACUUAGCUGAAGAAAUCAAAAAAUUGUCAGACCAUCUAUUUAUGUUGUCGACUAUGAAUACGGAUCUAGCCAACAACAAUAACAUGAAAGAAGUUGAUAAAAACGUUUCUGAAAUUAAGAAAUUCAGCAAAGAAGAUAAAAAAGUACCAAAUGGCUUUAAAACUGAAACCAAAUCGAGCAUCACAAAAACUACGACGAAUGGUAACGCGACGACCAGCGAGAAAAAAGUAUUCACAUCGAAAUCUAGUCAUAAAAUAAGCUCGACGUUUCUCGCAGAUAAAGAACCUGAGAAGCCAAUGACAAGCAAAAUGCCAUGGGCGAGGUCGACGAGAUCGAAGAGAGUGACCACUACAAGUAGAGAUGUCCCAGACCAACCGAUUGAAAGACGCAACACAUUUUUCGAGGAAUUCGAUCGCAGACGCGAUAGGAUAGACAAACUAGUGAAUGGUUUCGAAAAUGGCAGACAAUUGCCAUACAGAAGAGGAGACGAAAACAAUGCACACAGAACGAAAGACUUACUACUACAUCUCCUUGAAAAAUGGGGCGAAAACGAAGACGUCGAAGGAGAGAGAACCGCUGGUGGAACUUCUAAUGGCGGAAGACACCAGUCGAUCUCCUUGGAAUGGUCACAAUCCAACCAACUAGCGCAAAGUUCCAUGUCCAGUCUGCACGCUUUCUUCAAAAGACAAUCAUCGGACGAAAAAGUCCAAAAGAAAAAUGUUACCGCGAAAGUUUCGAGUUCCAAGUGAUAUGUAUAAACAUUUUUGAAAACAGGGACUGUGUGCCAUGACAUCGCGUUGUUCAGAAAGAUAAACUUCGGAGUAGUUUAAUUACGCUUAAGCAUUUAAAAAAUUAGAUGCUAAGAAUGUUUAGCGUAUAAGGUUUAAGGAGUCUCGGAAACAAAGCAAGCUGACUAGAUUUUGGAAAUGAAUACAGAAAAUCGAAAUUUUAUUUGAAAAUUUCUGUUAAUUAACGACAUAAAUUCAAAUGUUUGUUUUCAAAUCUACAAUUUUAUCCUGAUCUCAAUCGUAAAGACUCGACCGGCUUAAGAGUUAAUCUUUCUGAAUGUAUGGUAGGUUACCAAAGUAGGGCAUGAGAUUAUAAUUUAGUUUUUUUUUUCUAUACAAAUGACAGCUAAAUGACAAUUAAUUACGAAUCUAGUCUUCAUACUCAAAGCUCUGUAUGGAAAUCGCUUGCAGACAAGACUGAGACACAUGAAAUUACAUUGACAAUAGCACAUAAUUUUGUACUUUUUUUGUAAAUAAUUUUACAGAUAUAUGAAUAUUUACCCCCCUGCGUAUUGUUCCUUAUACGUACUUAAGUAAUUGUAUUGAUUUUAUUGAUAAUUUAUUGUUAUAUGAUGCUUAUGUUGUUAAAAUAUAAGGCUUUAUGAAA